GAGAACAGAAAGAGCCCAGGAAAGGAGAAAGACCUUAUUGCUGAACGCCACACCCUUGCCCCCACGCCACACCCUUGCCGCACCUACUAACUAGGGGCUAACGAAUGAAAGGGUGUCGGAAUAUGAUGGAGAAGCCCGGCCGACAGUGACGUCGUGGGCGACGCCGGGUUGUGAGCGGCCUUUCGAGCUCCCUCGAGUCCCUGAGUCUCUGUAGUGCCUCAGCUCCUGGAUGUCCUCCCUUAAAGGAGAAGAACAAUGCGGGCCGACUAGACGAGUCCCUUAGUUUCCUCGCCAGCGCAGACAAAUACGGUUUCAGUCCAAGGAACUACCAUUCCCAGAAGACAGCGGGGCGUUCCUUGCUGCAUUCCUAUUGGUCGGCGUUUGUUACUCCCAGCCAAUAGAAAGUGAGCUUCUUGACAAGUGCCAAAAUGGCGAUGCCUACCACCUAGAACUGGAUUGUGCGCUCCAUUUCUUUCACCUCAAAGCUGGCCGCCACCGCUGCCACCUGCUCAGAGUGAAAUAAUGAAGGUGGUCAACCUGAAGCAAGCCAUUUUGCAAGCCUGGAAGGAGCGUUGGAGUGACUACCAAUGGGCAAUCAACAUGAAGAAAUUCUUUCCUAAAGGAGCCACCUGGGAUAUUCUCAACCUGGCAGAUGCGUUACUAGAGCAGGCCAUGAUUGGACCAUCCCCCAAUCCUCUCAUCUUGUCCUACCUGAAGUAUGCCAUUAGUUCCCAGAUGGUGUCCUACUCUUCUGUCCUCACAGCCAUCAGUAAGUUUGAUGACUUUUCUCGGGACCUGUGUGUCCAGGCGUUGCUGGACAUCAUGGACAUGUUUUGUGACCGUCUGAGCUGUCACGGCAAAGCAGAGGAAUGCAUCGGACUGUGCCGAGCCCUUCUUAGCGCCCUCCACUGGCUGCUGCGCUGCACGGCAGCCUCUGCAGAGCGGCUCCGGGAGGGGCUGGAGGCCGGCACUCCAGCCGCUGGGGAGAAGCAGCUUGCCAUGUGCCUUCAGCGCCUGGAGAAAACCCUCAGCAGCACCAAGAACCGGGCCCUGCUGCACAUCGCCAAACUAGAGGAGGCCUCUUCUUGGACUGCCAUCGAGCAUUCUCUCUUGAAACUUGGAGAGAUCCUGGCCAAUCUCAGCAACCCGCAGCUCCGGAGUCAGGCCGAGCAGUGUGGCACCCUCAUUAGGAGCAUCCCCACGAUGCUGUCUGUGCAUGCGGAGCAGAUGCACAAGACCGGCUUCCCCACUGUCCAUGCCGUGAUCCUGCUCGAGGGCACCAUGAACCUGACAGGCGAGACGCAGUCCCUGGUGGAGCAGCUGACGAUGGUGAAGCGCAUGCAGCAUAUCCCCACCCCACUUUUUGUCCUGGAGAUCUGGAAAGCUUGCUUCGUGGGGCUCAUUGAGUCUCCCGAGGGUACGGAGGAGCUCAAGUGGACAGCUUUCACUUUCCUCAAGAUUCCACAAGUUUUGGUGAAGUUGAAGAAGUACUCUCAUGGAGACAAGGACUUCACUGAGGAUGUCAACUGUGCUUUUGAGUUCCUGCUGAAGCUCACCCCCUUGUUGGACAAAGCUGACCAGCGCUGCAACUGUGACUGUACAAACUUCCUGCUCCAAGAAUGUGGCAAGCAGGGGCUUCUGUCUGAGGCCAGCGUCAACAACCUUAUGGCUAAGCGCAAAGCGGACCGAGAGCACGCACCCCAGCAGAAAUCGGGAGAGAAUGCCAACAUCCAGCCCAACAUCCAGCUGAUCCUCCGGGCGGAGCCCACUGUCACAAACAUCCUCAAGACGAUGGAUGCAGACCACUCUAAGUCACCGGAGGGACUGCUGGGAGUCCUGGGCCACAUGCUGUCCGGGAAGAGUCUGGACUUGCUGCUGGCUGCCGCCGCCGCCACUGGAAAGCUGAAAUCCUUCGCCCGGAAAUUCAUCAAUUUGAAUGAAUUCACAACCUAUGGCAGCGAAGAAAGCACCAAACCGGCCUCCGUCCGGGCCCUGCUGUUUGACAUCUCUUUCCUCAUGCUGUGCCAUGUGGCCCAGACCUAUGGUUCAGAGGUGAUUCUGUCCGAGUCGCGCACAGGAGCUGAGGUGCCCUUCUUCGAGACCUGGAUGCAGACCUGCAUGCCUGAGGAGGGCAAGAUCCUGAACCCUGACCACCCCUGCUUCCGCCCCGACUCCACCAAAGUGGAGUCCCUGGUGGCCCUGCUCAACAACUCCUCGGAGAUGAAGCUAGUGCAGAUGAAGUGGCAUGAGGCCUGUCUCAGCAUCUCAGCCGCCAUCUUGGAAAUCCUCAAUGCCUGGGAGAAUGGGGUCCUGGCCUUCGAGUCCAUCCAGAAAAUCACUGAUAACAUCAAAGGGAAGGUAUGCAGUCUGGCGGUGUGUGCUGUGGCUUGGCUUGUGGCCCACGUCCGGAUGCUGGGGCUGGAUGAGCGUGAGAAGUCGCUGCAGAUGAUCCGCCAGCUGGCAGGGCCACUGUUUAGUGAGAACACCCUGCAGUUCUACAAUGAGAGGGUGGUGAUCAUGAACUCGAUCCUGGAGCGCAUGUGUGCCGACGUGCUGCAGCAGACAGCCACGCAGAUCAAGUUUCCCUCCACCGGGGUGGACACAAUGCCCUACUGGAACCUGCUGCCCCCCAAGCGGCCCAUCAAAGAGGUGCUGACGGACAUCUUUGCCAAGGUGCUGGAGAAGGGCUGGGUGGACAGCCGCUCCAUCCACAUCUUUGACACCCUGCUGCACAUGGGCGGCGUCUACUGGUUCUGCAACAACCUGAUUAAGGAGCUGCUGAAGGAGACGCGGAAGGAGCACACGCUGCGGGCAGUGGAGCUGCUCUACUCCAUCUUCUGCCUGGACAUGCAGCAAGUGACCCUGGUCCUGCUGGGCCACAUCCUGCCUGGCCUGCUCACUGACUCCUCCAAGUGGCACAGCCUCAUGGACCCCCCGGGCACUGCUCUUGCCAAGCUGGCCGUGUGGUGUGCCCUCAGUUCCUACUCCUCCCACAAGGGACAGGCGUCCACCCGCCAGAAGAAGAGACACCGCGAAGACAUUGAGGAUUAUAUCAGCCUCUUCCCCCUGGACGAUGUGCAGCCUUCGAAGUUGAUGCGACUGCUGAGCUCUAAUGAGGACGAUGCCAACAUCCUUUCGAGCCCCAGGUCUUCUCUGGGCUCUCCAUGUACCAGUUACCUCCGAUGGGUGAAGGUCGGGUGGGGGCAUCCCCGGGGAGCACCACUUUUGCACUCGGCAGGCUGUUUCCCAGCGCUCCAUCUGCUCCGUCCCACAGCAGACCGAUCCAUGAGCAGCUCCCUCUCAGCCUCUCAGCUCCACACGGUCAACAUGCGGGACCCUCUGAACCGAGUCCUGGCCAACCUGUUCCUGCUCAUCUCCUCCAUCCUGGGGUCUCGCACCGCUGGCCCCCACACCCAGUUCGUGCAGUGGUUCAUGGAGGAGUGUGUGGACUGCCUGGAGCAGGGCGGCCGUGGCAGCGUCCUGCAGUUCAUGCCCUUCACCACCGUGUCGGAACUGGUGAAGGUGUCAGCCAUGUCCAGCCCCAAGGUGGUUCUGGCCAUCACGGACCUCAGCCUGCCCCUGGGCCGCCAGGUGGCUGCUAAAGCCAUUGCUGCACUCUGAGGGGCUUGGCAUGGCCGCAGUGGGGGCUGGGGACUGGCGCAGCCCCAGGCGCCUCCAAGGGAAGCAGUGAGGAAAGAUGAGGCAUCGUGGCUCACAUCCGCUGCACAUGGUGCAAGAGCCUCUAGCGGCUUCCAGUUCCCCGCUCCUGACUCCUGACCUCCAGGAUGUCUCCCGGUUUCUUCUUUCAAAAUUUCCUCUCCAUCUGCUGGCACCUGAGGAGUGUGAGCAGCCUGGACCACAAGCCCAGUGGUCACCCCUGUGUGCGCCCGCCCCAGCCCAGGAGUAGUCUUACCUCUGAGGAACUUUCUAGAUGCAAAGUGUGUGUGUGUGUGUGUGUGUGUGUGUGUGUGUGUAUUUUGUAAUAUGUGAGGGAAAUCUACCUUCGUUCAUGUAUAAAUAAAGCUCCUCGUGGGUCCCUUUG